ACUGUAACCAUUUACGUAAGUCACCUUGACCUUCAUCAAACUACCAAAAAAAAACACUAUCAGAUGUGCCGUAAAAAAUUGGUCAAAAUAUUAAAUAAAAAUAUAUAAAUAUAACUGCGAUCAAGUAAAAAAUGCUGCGCGCUUUGUUCCAGUCACGAAUAGACCAUAAACUGGUAUCUAUAUGUAGCCGAGCCACACUCAGUUCAGUAAGAAUGCACUCAUCACAUGAGCAUGAAGAUGGGAAAUCCAAGAAGCACAAGGGCAAGACUCCAGCAGGCAAACUGGACGACAAGUGGGAAACCGAAGAGGACAAGUCUGUGGAAGUGUUCAAGGAAAAGGAACCCUUGGAGAGAUUCCCUAAUGACACUAACCCAGUAACUGGAGAGAUUGGAGGGCCCAGGGGGCCAGAACCAACAAGAUAUGGGGACUGGGAAAGGAAAGGCCGUGUGUCAGACUUCUAGAUUGUGUUAUCAAUACUGUGAUUUGGGAUAUUAAAAGUUUAGUAAUGUUUGCUAAAUUUUGAAUGUUACUGCUAUUUUUGGUGGUUUCAGUUUAAAGCAGUUGCGUUUUUUUUUGAAGACCACAUCAAGAGUGAAUAUUAGAAGCAUGCGAUAUUUGAAUGCAGUGAAGAUUUAUUUUGGGGUGUGUUGAUUUUCAAUAUGAUGAACUAUUUGAAGACUUUUUAAAUCUAUACUUUCCUCGAAAUAUAGAAUGUAGUAUUAUCAGUAAUAACUAUUACUAUAUUUAACAUAUAAUACUUGAAAAUGCACAUGUAGUAUGAUUAAUUGGACAACUUUUAGAAAUAUUUCUUAGUUUUUGAUUCAUGAAUCAUUCAUGUAGCGUUGUAUUCAGCUACAUGUAUAAUGUUUAACAGUAAUAGUGAUCUAUUGCAAAUAACUGACAAAAUAAUUAUUCUGAUAUAAUGUGUUUAUUUUAAAUAGUUUGAUGUUGUUAAAUGUCAAUAUUUGCUAUUUAUUGUUUUAUUUGUGGUUGGAAAUAUAAAUUUAUAAUAAUAGUACCAUUUCCAAUGUUUUCUCUUCAUUGUUUUAUUUGUGCUUGGACAUAUACAUUCACAAUGAAAGAACUUUUUACAACAGCUUAAAAACACACAAUAAAUCUUUUAGCAAUUAUGUAUCAUUAUUGACUAAACAUAUAAAAAGUAUGACUAUUUUCUAGAAUAGUAAAGUAUGUGAUGUCAAAACUAUAUUAAUUUGUUUGCAAAAAGAAAUUCCAGCAUCAACAUGUUUCAGGACAAAACGCAUUAUGAUCAAAGAGAUGAAAUAAAUUAUGAAAACCUU